CUGAGGGUUAAAGUUGCGUGUCGUGUUGGCCCGAGGGCCAAGAAGAGAAAGAGUGUAUUGUCUCUAGUUACCAAACUGCCCCAGUCCCUGGGUCAGGAGAGGUGGUUGGAAAGAGAAUGUAGGCCUGACUGGACCGCCCAGGAGUGGCCAAAAUAGGCCCUCCUUGCCUCCAUUUGAGCUAGUGGCCUUUGGGGGCUGUGUGUGUGUGUGUGUGUGUGUUGACUGAACAAACUUUUUGCACGUCGACGCUGCCAACCACCUAACUGCCGUUAGAGUCCAGUUAGAAGCUGGGGUGGGGGCACCUCAGGGUGCCCGGCCCUCCGGUCUGGGGGAGGAUGUCUCAUUUUUGUUGAUUUUGUUUGCAUGGCACUCAGAAACGUAAUGACCCUUGUAAGCCCCGCUCUAGGUUCAUGGUGUGAGUUGCGUUGGUAUUUCUGUGCGGAGAAAACGUCGUAUAACCUCAGUUUUGCUUCCUAGAAUGACAUCAAGAAUAUUUUCUAAAGGGCCCGCGAUAUCCGGCUUCAAGCCCAAGAUUUGGAAACAAAGCAGAGGCAGUCCCUGCCCUUAUGUUUCCCCAUUUUUAUUUCUUUAAGUGAUAUUUGGAAAUUUGUUUACCUCAGUGUGAUUUGCGGUGUUACUUAGUUGUUUCCUCACUGGAUAAUGAAUUUAGGAGCCGAGAUUACCUUAUUUAGGUUUAGUCAGACAACUUCAUUUGUAAAUUUGGAGUGCUAAAGACAAAGUUACAGACUUUAAUAUUGAAGGAAAUGAAGAGAAACCUAAAUGAAAAUUCAACUCGAAGUACAGCAGGCUGUUUGCCUGUACCAUUGUUCAAUCAGAAAAAGAGGAAUAGACAGCCAUUAACCUCUAAUCCACUUACAAAUGAUCCAAGUAUCAGUACUGCUUCUGACAGUUAUGACUUCCCUCCUUUACCAACAGAUUGGGCCUGGGAAGCUGUGAAUCCAGAGUUGCCUCCUUUAGUGAAAACACUGAACACAGGGCAAAUGCCACAUUCAGUUUCUCCUCCCCUGAGAAGUCAAGAUUCUAUGUCUAAGUCUAUUCAAUCAAAUACUGAAAGAAGCAAGAGUGGUUGGAGCUACAGAGAUGACAACAAAAAUACUAGCUGGAAAACUUGGGAUAGAAAUGAUUUUAGGCCUCAUUGUGAAAGGACAAACUUAGUGGCAAAUGAUGGAAUAAAUUCUUGUCCAAGGAGUUGGGGAGCUCAACAACAGAAACAGUUGAAAAUACCCGAACCUCCUAACUCAUCUCAUCAAAGAGAAACUGAAGUACUCAGACAAACACAUUCAUCAAAAAUACCUGGCUCCACAAUGAGAGGUCUAGACAAAAACAGUGCAUUACAGGCAUUUAAGUCUAAUUUUCAACAAAACCAAUUUAAGAAGAAAAUGUUGGAUUAUAUUCCAGAAGAAAGCACUCUCAAGGAAGACUCAUUGUAUCAGUUAAAGCUUAAGGAAAAAGAUAAUUCUUUAAGAAUUAUAUCUGCAGUUAUUGAAAGCAUGAAGUACUGGUGUGAACAUGCACAGAAAACUGUACUUCUUUUUGAAAUAUUGGCUGUUCUUGAUUCAGCUGUUACACCUGGUCCAUAUUAUUCAAAGACUUUCCUUAUGAGAGAUGGGAAAAAUACUCUGCCUUGUGUAUUUUACGAAAUCGAUCGUGAACUUCCAAGACUGAUUAGAGGCCGAGUUCAUAGGUGUGUUGGAAAUUAUGACCAGAAAAAGAAUAUUUUCAAAUGUGUUUCUGUCAGACCAGCAUCUGUUUCUGAACAAAAAACUUUCCAAGCAUUUGUUAAAAUUGCAGAUGCUGAGAUGAGGUAUUAUACUAAUAUAAUGAGUGAAAUUUAAAUAGUGAUGAAGGAAGUUUAAAUAGUAUAAUUUAAAGCAUUUUUGUUAUUAAGUUAUCAUCUCCAUGGU